CAAAAUGAUCCAUGAUCAUAUUGUAUUCGGAUUGAUGGCAAAAAAUUCACAUCAUGUGGCGCCAAUUGUGUUCGCUUCAAUAAGUAUUGGCUGUGCAGUCAAUACGCUUGGCCCGUAAAUAUUCACGUUUGGUGGUAGCAAAGAUGAAGCUGAACCAGUGGAACAUUUGUUUUUUGAAACUCACAACGAAGAUGAUUUUUUGCCAAUGGCAGUCGAUGGUGAGAAUGAAGCGGCCAUUAUCGUUUGCUCGUCUGGCACAACUGGGUUUUCGAAAGGUUUAUUUUUAUGUUUAAUUCGACUUCGUUUUCAAAUUCACUAAAUUAUUUGAUUUAUUGAUUUCUCUACUUGAAGGAGUUUGUUUGUCUCAUGCAGCAUUGCUUGAUUCCUUAUCUUCGUUCCGUGUUUCCCGCCGAGUGCUGUGCUGCUAUGCUUUAGUUCACUCUACUGGAUUAGUGGCAUCGUAAUAUUGCUGCGAGGAACAUUGCACGAUUCUACUCGUGUUAUAACAACUGAAGCCUAUUCACCAAAACUGCAGCUUCGAAUGAUCGAAAAAUAUAAAUUUACAUAUACGAUGAAUGCACCGCAUCAGAUGGUGUUGAUGUUGAAAAUUGAUGAUCUUACUAAAGCCGAUUUAUCGAGUUUAAAAAUUUGUUUUGUUGGUGGAAGCAAAGUACCUUUUUAUGUGCAAACCGAAAUGAAUUCUAUUCUUCCAAAUGGACACGUGCACGUCGCCUAUGGAAUGAGUGAAAUGGCUGGUAGUGUAGCGCGUGAUUUUCCCCGACUAAGCGGGAAAGAUUGCGUUGGUCGAUUAGUCGCUGGAAGUCAUGCCAAAAUUAUUGACGAUCAAGGUCAACGGUGUGGAGUCAAUGUGAACGGAGAGAUAUGUUUUAAAAUGAAUUAUCGCUUCCUCGGAUAUUAUGGCAAUCAAAAGGCAACCGACGAGCUAUUUGACGAUGAAGGUUUCCUUAUGACCGGUGAUAUUGGCCAUUUCGAUGAUGAUGGAUUUUUGUUCAUUGUCGAUCGGAAGAAGGAUCUUUUGAAAUAUACCGGUUUUCAUCUUUCUCCAUCAGAAAUCGAUGCCUAUUUGAUCCAAUCGCCUUGUAUUAAAUCAGCUUGUGUCGUUGGCAUUCCUGAUGGCAUUGCUAAUGAUUCACCAGCAGCUGGGCUAAUGGAUCGAAUUAUUCAGAGAAACAAGUUUUUGAUUUGGUUGCAGAUCACUUCGCGGACCAUUGCAAACUUCGAGGUGGUGUUUAUUUUAUUGAUUCACUACCAACAACGCCUUCAGGGAAGGUUCUGAGAAUGAAAGUGAAGGAAACUGCAAUUCCUUUAUUCAAUUCAAACCAUAAUUGUAUUGAAGCUACCAUGUCAUUCUUUAUUAAGUUUUUGCACUAUAUUGUUUA